AUGGCUACUUCCACCCAGGACCCCAGCAGUAGUCUGUCCAGCCAUGUUUCAGGCACCACAGCCAGGCCCCAAGAGGGUGACUCCACCUCUAAUACCACCAUCAACACCUCAAGCCGACCUACCACACCAGCCCAAUCGACCCUGUCACAGGUCACACAAGAGCCAAGAACAGUAGACAGCAAUACUACACCUAAACCAUCUAACACAGUAGACAGCAGUACUACACCUAAACCAUCUAACACAGUAGACAGCAAUAAUACACCUAAACCAUCUAUCACAGUAGACAGCAAUACCACACCUUCACCAUCUAACACAGUAGACAGCAGUACUACACCUAAACCAUCUAACACAGUAGACAGCAAUAAUACACCUAAACCAUCUAUCACAGUAGACAGCAAUACUACACCUAAACCAUCUAACACAGUAGACAGCAGUACUACACCUAAACCAUCUAACACAGUAGACAGCAAUAAUACACCUAAACCAUCUAUCACAGUAGACAACAAUACUACACCUUCACCAUCUAACACAGUAGACAGCAAUUCUAGUAGUACUACACCACCAUCAAACACAGUGGACCUCAAUAUUACACCUUCACCAUCUAACACAGUAGACAGCAAUUCUAGUAGUACUACACCUUCACCAUCUAACACAGUAGACAUCAAUAUUACACCUUCACCAUCUAACACAGUAGACAGCAAUACUACACCUUCACCAUCUAACACAGUAGACAGCAAUACUACACCUUCACCAUCUAACACAGUAGACAUCAAUAUUACACCUUCACCAUCUAACACAGUAGACAGCAAUAUUACACCUUCACCAUCUAACACAGUAGACAGCAAUAUUACACCUUCACCAUCUAACACAGUAGAGAGCAAUUCUAGUAGUACUACACCACCAUCAAACACAGUGGACCUCAAUACUACACCUUCACCAUCUAGCACAGUAGACAGCAGUACUACACCUUCACCAGAAGAUGGCAGCACACUAGAAGUCACAACAUCCACUCCUGUUGAACUUGGAUCAACAUGGACUCUUCAAGCCACACAUACCGUCCCUGCUGUGUGUAACCUAGUACAGAGCAUUACCAGUCAUUCUGAUGACACAACUGGUAACACAACACCACCGGUCACAACAACCUUAAUCCAGAAUACGGUCUCCAAGGAAACAACUGAGACAGACCAUAAGAACAUCAUAACCUCUCACAAAGAUACCCAAACUCUGAUCGCCCAUUUGAGGGUCUCUAUAGUUUCGGCUGGGGACAUAAGUAAGGAGGAGAUCAUUGAGGCGUUGCAUCAUUUUGCAGCGCAGGUCCAAGCCUUUCUACAGAGAGAGUACUGUAACAACUGCACACUGCGCAUCAGAAACGUCAGAGGAAUAUGAGACCAACAUUUAAUCCAAAACAUGUCUCUACACUAACCCAAAGAAUCUUAGGAGAUUCCUGGAACUAACCCUCUUCAUAUAACCCUAAAAUAGUCUGGACCCCACAGAAAAACCUACAUCUGAAAAUCAACAAUGCUAGUUUAAGCUUUUCAGUCAUUUUGAUUUUGGUUCAGUCUUUUUCAGAAGAAUUAAAUCUAUGGCCUAUUAAUUGUAGCCUAUAUUUAUAUUUAACCUUAUUUAGGAAUGUUGGUCAGUUUAGCAUAUGGACAUAUUGUAUUAUAGGUUUAUAAUGCUGUUCAGUCAUUUGUCACAAGGAGGCAGUAUAACUGAUUCAUUAUCCAACAGAAGCACAGUAAAAGAGGCUUUCCAACACUGCCAAAAAUGCACUUUCAUAAGUGACUUUCCAAAAAUGUGUUUUUACCCAUUUUUGUCACAAUAAUAUUUUCCAUCUAAAAACACCCAAAAACCUGUAAUACAACAGCUAUUUCCAAUUUCUAUACUAGACAUUGUUUUAAAACAAAUAGGUAAAGAUGCAUCUAAGGGGCACUAUACACCUGUUGGCUGCAAAACAAAAGUUAUUUUGGAAAAUCUGCGCAACAAUUGGAUUGUCAAUAUAUAUCCUGUAUAUACUGUGUGUGUGUAUGUAUAUUCGAUUUUUAAGUAAUUAAUUUGCAUUUCACUAAUCACCUUAAUAAUGUUUACAUACAACUUGAGUGAACUAUCCCAUGAACACAUGAUGGGGGUCUUUAAAAAGUAAUCACCUAAUAGCAGGAACAGCACCAUCUAGUGGUCAGAACUUGGUAACAUUAGGAUGUGGGAUGGGACAUAAAUCCAACUUCAAUGACUAAUUUCUCUGAACAGGGGAAAAAAACAUUACCAAAUUCACUGAGAAAACAUUACACAGGAUGAAGAGACAAUACUCUGAGCUGCAGCUCCAUACUACUUGUCAAACAUAGAAAACUGAUACUCAUUGUUUGGGUGGAAUUGGCUUGGGGGAUUCCGUGGGGGGCUUUUGACAAUUUCUUUGGAUUCCUCCUGUCUAACUCAUUGUUAGAGAAAAGUUUGGCCCAAAUCAGAUGUUACAUAUUAUAUUUAUUCAAUAUUAUAUGAAUCCUGUAAAUUAAAAUGGCUAAUUUGGGUGCAGUCAAUUAGUUUAUUUUCUCAGAGAUUAAAUUAUAUUUCAACAAAAUAAUGUUGUCGCAAUGCUAAUCUUAUCUGUUUCUAACAACAGAAACUAUUUUAGAAAAAAUCUGAGAUGUUGGGUGUUGAAAUCAUCUUUCUUGUGCUUUUUCAGGUGAAACGGCCCCUGUAUGAUUUGGCACCUCAAAUGCAAUCACUCUUUAUGUCUUUAUUGAUCUUUAUUUCAUAUGCACAUAUUAAUUGCUGUAUAACGAUAGCAAACUGUGACAUAAUUGUCUAACCCAAACAAACCUCAUCAUAUUGUUGAAUAA